AUGACGAUGACCGGCCAUGGUACGGUGCAGCUCCCGUCGCUGCUGGACACGGACCUGUACAAGCUGACGAUGCAGCAGGCCGUGCUGCAGCACUUUCCGGAUGCCCAGGUGACUUACCGCUUCACGAACCGGUCGAAGGAAAUGCAGUUUACCGCCGCGACCGUCGAUGCGGUGCGUGCGGGGAUUGAGCACCUCGGCACGCUGCGGAUCUCUGCAGAAGAGGAGGCGUGGCUGCGCGAAGCGUGCCCGUACUUUCAGGAAAAGUACCUCGCGUUCCUGCGCGACUUUCAGCUGCGGCCUGCCGACGAGGUCGACGUGCGUUUCGUGCCGACCGACGGCGAGUACGGCCAGCUCGAGGUGCUCAUCCAGGGCGCAUGGGCGUCGGUCAUUCUGUACGAGGUCCCGGUGAUGGCGAUCAUCAGCGAGACCUACUUCCAGACCGUCGACCGCGACUGGACCGCGGCCGGGCAGCGGGAACGUGCGGCGGACAAGGCACGCAAACUGCUGCAGCACGGCGUCAUGCUGUCCGAGUUCGGCACGCGCCGCCGCCGCUCGCUCGCGACGCACGUCGAGGUGAUGCACGGCCUGCUCGAUGCGCAGAAGGAGGUGGGCGACGCGCCUGGCGCGGGGCGCAUCCUAGGCACGAGCAAUAUCUACCUUGCCAAGCAGUUUGGCGUCGCACCGGUCGGCACAGUCGCGCACGAGUGGACGAUGGCCAUCGCCGCGAUCCACGGGUACGAGCACAGCAACCUGCGUGCGCUCCAGCUCUGGGACGCCGUCUACCAGCCCCCGGCCUUUACGCCGGCGCGCCCCGUCGACGAUCUCACCAUUGCGCUGACCGACACGUUCAGCACGCGCGUCUUUUGGGACGACCUGCUCUCGAGCGAGUCCGGCAAGGAGAUCCUGCGCCGCUGGCGGGGCGUGCGGCAGGACAGCGGCGACAGCCGCGUGUUUGUGCGCCAUGCGCUCGACGUAUACCGCAGCAUUGGCGUGGACCCUGCCAAGAAGCUGGUCAUCUUUUCCGACGGCCUCAAUGUCGAGCGGUGCCUCGAGCUCCAGGCGUUUGCGAAGGAAAUGGGCAUCCUCGCGGGUUUCGGCGUGGGGACGCACCUGACGAACGACUUUGGGUGCGCUUCGGAUACGUCGCGCAAAAGCCGCGCGCUGAAUAUGGUGCUCAAGCUCGACUCGAUCAACGGGCACCCUACGGUCAAGAUCAGCGACGAGCUUACGAAGAACACGGGCGAUGCGGACGAGAUUGCCCUUGUCAAGCGCCGCUUUGGUCUGUCGGGCGCCGAUUCCGUGGAGGAUGCGUAG